GGGACGCCGGGACGUUCGAAAACUUUGGCGCCAAAUCGCUAAUCAGUGUUUGUCUGUGCUCUGUGAUACACGUCGCAAAAGCUUUUCCUGUUUUUCAAAUAAUUAAAGCCGAUUUACCCGUAAGUUUUCGUCAUGUCCGGUCGCGGUAGUUCCGGUAGUUCCAGCAGCAAAACCACGAAACUCAGCAACCGAAAGACCCGCAGUCAGCGGGCCGGAUUGAUGAUGCCGGUGGGACGCAUCCAUCGGGCGCUCCACAGAGGUAACUACGCGAACCGAAUCGGUGGCGGUGCGCCCGUCUAUCUGGCGGCCGUGCUGGAGUACCUGGUGGCGGAGGUACUGGAACUGGCCGGAAACGCCGCUCGGGACAACCAACGGAGCCGCAUUAUUCCGCGCCAUCUGCAGCUUGCCGUUCAGAACGAUGAAGAGUUGAAGAAUAUCCUCCAGGGGGUCACUAUUGCCCAAGGCGGAGUGACACCGAACAUCCACGCCGUGCUGCUGCCGAAGAAGACGACGACGCGCCGAGAAUAGGAAGGUACGGGAGGCGAGGCGAGUUUUACAAAUCGUCCCAGAUUGGACUAAAGUGAAUUGAAAUGUUUUCUAUGGGUUUGUUACAAUAAUAAAUUGUAAAGAGUACAAUUUCAGCCACUAUAUAUGUAUUAACAUUAGAAUGAAUUUGUCUGUCUGACCCUUAUAGACUAGGGAACUACUUUUGGGGU